AUGUCGUCUUACGGGGUUCUGCCCACCGCGGCGCGCGGAAUUCUCUCAUCAUGCAGGGCUCCCCUCAGAGAUGCCUCAAUGGCACCGACCUUGUCGACUUUCCAGCAGGUCCGAGGUCUGAAGGUCAAGACAAAGGGCAAGGGGAAAAACGCCCAGCCUGGAAAGAAAAGCAGAGGUCCCUCAGAAUACGUGCAGAAGAACCUGAAGGAUAUGCCACAAUGGGCUCUGUGUGAUGCCAUGCGAUUCAUCCGAGCCACCGAAGUCGGCCGUGAGCCCACCCUCCAAAAAUACGAGCUGCACGUCCGCCUGCGCACGAAGAGAGACGGCCCCGUCAUCCGUAACAUGCUCCGUUUCCCACACGCCGUUCAGACCGAAUCCCGCAUCUGUGUUAUCUGUCCCCCCAACUCCAAGGCGGCGAAGGAAGCUCUCGCUGCUGGUGCUGUUCUUGUCGGUGAAGACGAGGUCUUCGAGGCUGUCAAGGCCGGCAAGAUUGAGUUCGAUCGCUGUCUCGCUCACCCGGACAGUGUGCCUGCGCUUAACAAGGCCGCGCUCGGCCGUAUCCUCGGUCCCCGUGGUUUGAUGCCCAGUGCGAAGACCGGUACCGUGGUGGAAGACGUGGCUUCGCGUGUCGAGAUGCUCCGCGGAGGUACUGUAUACCGCGAGCGUGAUGCUGUGAUCCGUCUCCCGAUCGGACAGCUUGGUUUCUCUCCGGAGCAACUGCGUGACAACUUGCGCGUGACUCUGGGCCAAAUCCGAAAGGACGCGAGUGGUCUGGCUGACCGUGUGAACAAGGAGAUCUACGAAGUGGUGCUGAGCUCCACCAACGGACCCGGUUUCUCACUGAACGGUGAAUUCAGCUCCGAAGACUCCCCCGAUACCUCUCUGAUGAGAGGCGUGUAA